UAGUUCUAUUUCGUGAGUCCGCGCGCAGAAUUUCUCCCUUCUUCAAAAGCUUGAGCAGGGACAAAGCUUUGAUGGCACCGAUUCUCGUUCGUUAGUUCCUGUCGCCGAUCAAUCACUUCACUCUCGACGAUGAAUCCGCGCUCUCUCGUCGCUUCCGGCAGAAGAUUUCGCCAGCCGCUCUCUGCACUCCCUUCUGCCGUCGAUCUCGAUCACCUCAAAAGGCUCGACCACAAAGACUGGCUGGCGCCGAACGAGAUCAUCAAGAUCAUCAAGAUCCUAAGGGACCCCAACUCCAUAAUCCGGGCCCUGAACCGGUACGAGAAGCGAAAGGACUACAAACCCAACGAAGCCCUCUUCACCAUGGCCAUAAACCGGCUCGCUCGAGCCGAGAUGUUCGACCCCAUUGAAGACAUCGUGCGGCGGAUCGUAAAGGAGCGGCCUUGCAGGCUGUCCGACGAGUUCUUCUACAAUGUCAUCAAGAUUUAUGGCAACAUGGCCGGCCGCAUCAACAGAGCGAUAGAGACCCUUUACGACAUGCCUAAGUACGACGUCUGGCCUUCGGUGAAGUGUUUUAACUACGUGUUGAAUCUGCUCGUGUCGUGGAAGCUGUUUGAUGUGGUGCAUGAGGUGUAUAUGCGUGGGCCACGGUUGGGCAUCGAGGUCGAUGCUUGUUGCUUGAAUAUUCUCAUCAAAGGGUUGUGCAAGAACGGGAGUUUGGAAGCUGCGUUCCAGAUGCUCGACGAAUUUCCUAAGCAACGCUGUCGGCCGAAUGUGAAGACGUUUUCGACGCUGAUGCACGGAUUGUGCGAGCGAGGAAAGGUCGAUGAUGCAAAAGCUUUGCUUGAUAGGAUGGAAAACGAAGGCAUUUUCCCGGAUACAAUCACUUUCAACAUCUUGAUCUCGGGGCUUCGGAAGCAAGAGAGAGUUGAAGAGGCGAUGGAGCUUCUAGAGAGGAUGAAACUCAAAGGGUGUCAACCGAAUGCAGGGUCUUAUCAGGAGGUUCUUUAUGGUUUGCUUGAUGAGGGCAGGUUCGUGGAGGCCAAGGAAUUUAUGGCUGAAAUGAUAUCCACUGGCAUCAAUCCCAGUUUUGUCUCUUAUAAAUCGGUGAUAGGAGGUCUAUGCAAGGAAAAGUUAGUAGGGGAUGUAGAUUGGGUUCUGAAACGGAUGAUCGAGCAAGGUUUUGUCCCGAAGAUGGGGAUGUGGAGACAGAUCCUUCAGAGCAUGUUCUCCCGACAUGCACUUGACGACAUUUUUCCUGAAAAGCUUCUAGAGAGCGCUUCACUUGGAGAGGAAAAAAAUGGAAACGAUAAACUUUUUCCUUAGGAACUAUGGUAUAUUGACAGAUGAAAAGAUGAGCCCCAAGAUUAAUCAGUGUGCUAAUGACUACAUAAAAAUUAAGGGAGGCAGUUCCGAGAGGAGAAAGCUAACUGGCAUAUGGAAGAUUGUAAUUGGCAAUGUAUCAUUGACACAGUUAUCUUGAGAAUGUUCAAUUGACAAACAUCUUUCUCUGGAUGAUGAGAUGUCAACUUCUGGUUGCAGAUGCUAGCCAGGAUAUAAAAACAUGUAUCUUGGAAGCUCCAAUGAACAAGUGUGAUUGUCUGAUGGUUUAUUUGCUAUCUAACUGCAAGAAGCAAGAAGGCAAAAAGCAUCUUGACUCAGGUGAAAGCUGCAGGUCUUGUUGGAAGAGGAGUUAAAAUUGUUGAAUCUCCAGGACCUCAGCCGAUGUAUCAUCUAAUGCCUGUGCCAUGUCAAGCAUCCUUGCAGGAUGUUGAAAUUCAAGAAAAGUCGUGUGGACGUAGACUUGUUGGCAAAAUGAGAACCUGCAACUGUGAAUGGUGAUCAACUUGUGAGAUUGAGCAUAGCAGUUGGAAGGAUCUAGGAGUGUACUUGGGUGGAACUUCAAGGAAGUCGGAAAACUGAAAGCCUUGCGGAUGCUGGAAAACGUCCAAAAAAGCCGAGGCUCUUCUCCCUCUUCUCCGCGAGGGGUACAAUGCUACGCAAUUUCUUUGUCCGGUCGCGAGAAGAUCCAACUUCACUGGCUGAUCUCCUAGAGCCAUUACUUGGAAGAAGGCAGUCUUUCAGUGACUUCGUUAAAGCAACUGGUCAUAAUUUUUAGACUCCAAAAGAAAGAUCUUAGACAUUGAUAUAGCUAAUGUCGUGAACUGCCGCUGUACUUUCGGUUUUUAAUUGCCAGAUCCCAACCUCUUGCUUUA